AUGCAGCAGCAAGCGGUGACCUCAGCUGUCUCUCCCGCUCAGCAGCAGGCGGCGCGCCUCGCAACAGAAAUACCCCGAUCAGACCACACAUCAUGGUGGUCUGAAGAUCCCCGCCUCGCUGAAUUUGAAGUGCUGCGGCCACUGGGGCAGGGACAGUACGGAAAGGUCUCCCUCGUCCGCCACAAGGAGACAGGAGCUUUACUAUGUUCGAAGCUUGUGGUGUACAGAGGGCUGCGUCUGCGAGAGAAGCAGCAGCUAGUGGCUGAGGUGAAUAUAAUGCGUCUGCUGCAGCACUGCAACAUAGUGCGGUACUAUGAACACUUCGUGCUGCAGCAGCAGCAAAGUUUGCUGAUCUUCAUGGAGUACUGUGACGCCGGAGACCUGUCUAAGCAUAUAGAGACAGCUCAUAAACAUUUAGGAGGCAUACCUGAAAAAAGAAUAUUGUAUUUGCUGCAGCAGCUGCUUGCUGCACUCGCCUACUGUCAUGAAGGCGUAGGUAGUCCUCGCACCCGCAUAUUGCAUAGAGACCUGAAGCCAUCGAAUAUAUUUUUAUGCAGCAACCCUGCGUCUGCAUCUGCAGCAGCAGCAGCAGCUGCUGCUGCUGCUGGUGGCAGUAGCAGUGCAGCAGCAGCAGCAGCAGCUGCUGCUGCUGCUGCUGAUGGGUCGGAGUUAAUAGUAAAGAUAGGAGACUUUGGGCUGUCUAGACACCUGAGCGUCAAUAGCGUCGCUCACUCUUGUGUAGGGACCCCACACUACUGGAGCCCUGAGCUGCUGCAGGAAGGUUUAAAGACAUACAACAGCAAAACAGAUGUUUGGUCGUUAGGCUGUCUCCUUUAUGAGAUGGCGAAGGGAGAGACACCUUUUGCUGCUGCUCAACAUAUUCAACAACUCAGAAAAAAAGUCGCGAUGGGCCCUAAACUACCGCUACCAGGCUUCUCUCGGGGGUUCAAUAACCUCCUUGCUGCUCUGCUGCAGCAAGACCCAGCGAAGCGUCCGUCUGCUCUGGAAGCGAUGGGAUUCUCUGUUCUUCGUUCGGUAUCUCUGGUAGGCGAGCCCAGCAGCAGCAGCAGCAGCAGCAGCAGCAGCAGCAGCAGCAGCAUCAGCAGCAGCAAGGAUAAGCCCGUGCAGCAGUUUCUCUCGAAUGCUCCUCUUUCUACAAUCGCUGAAGAAGAAAAUGAAGACCCCCAAAUGAGUCAAUACCUAGACUGCAGCAGCGACCAGCAGCAGCAGCAGCAGCAGCAGCAGCAGCAGCAGCAGCAGCAGCAGCAGAUGCAGAUGCAGCAGCAGCUGAAAAGCCAUGCACCCCUACUGCAGCAGCAACCUGCUGUCUCCUUUACGGGGACAGUGAUCCGAGAUGCCUCAUUUAAGGUUCCUCAGAGACAGGUGGAAGACAGCCGCCUAUCAUUUACACUGCAGCAGCAGCAGCAGCAGCUACUGCUGCAGCAGCAACAGCUGCAGCAGCAGCAACACAAGCAGGACCUCUUGCGGGGAGACAGCAGCAGCUCUGCAUUUUCUAUGCGGGCGCGGGGAUGGACAGAAGAACCCAAGAGCGCAGCAGCAGCACCAGCAGCAGCAGCAGCAACUGCAGCAGCAGCAACAGCAGCAGCAACAGCAGCAGCAGCAGCUUCCCCGCGGCACUCGUUUCUACCGUACGAUGCAUACAGCCAGCGGCAACAGGAACUGCUGCUUGUCCAGCAGCAACAGCAGCAACAGCAGCAACUGGAGCUGCAGCACGAACAACAGCAGCAACAGUUGAAGCAGCAGCAGCUCCUGCUGCAGAAGCAGCAGCAAGAAUUGAGAGAGCACCAGCAGCUGCUGCUGUUGCAGCUGCAGCGUCAAAAAGCUGCUGCUGAGCAAGAAAGACAGCAAAAGGCCUCGUUUGCUUCCUUUCAAUUGCCUCUGCAGCAGCAGCAGCAGCAGCAGCAGCAACAGUUGCAGCAGCAGCAGUUGCAGCAGCAGCGACACUUUCGUCAGCUCCAAGAUGGGGGCCGGACAAGAGCGCCUCCUUCUCCUUCUGCUGCUGCUGCUGCGGUUGCUGCUGGAGUCUCCACGUCGCCUCGUGCUGCAGUCGGUGCAGCAGCAGCAACACCAGCUACAGCACCAGCACCAGCUGCAGCAGCAGCUCCCUUUCAAGCCCCUAGCAGCAUACAGCGGCACCUUCGUCGCCAGCAACAGCAGCAGUUGAGGCAGCAGCAGCAGCAACAGCAGCAGCAGUCGAGUGUAGAUCGAGGGCUCAGCAGCAAGCCGCAUGCAGCUCUUCUUCGUGGAGAAGGUGUGGGGCCCCACAGCAGCGCAGCGAGACGCAGCAGCAGCAGCAGCAGCAAUUGCUGCAACUGGGCGGGAGCCAAGUACCCUCUCUCCUGCAGGGCUGCUCAAGUAGCAGCAGCAGCAACAGCGUCAGCAGCAACAACAGCAACAGGGCGCAGCAGCUUCUCUCCCCGGACCCCAAGGGCUACAGGAAGCCUCGGAGCGGCUGCUGCUGCUGCUGCUGCUGCACCUUUCGCUCCAGCAGCAGCACCUGCUGCUGCUGCAACUGCAGCAAAAAGGGACUCUUCACCUUCUCUUUAUUCGAGGGGCCCCCGCCGCAGCAACCAAUUUGCUGCCGCUGAUGCAUACCCUGCUGCUGCUGCUGCUGCUGCUGCUGCUGUCUCCGCUUCACCGCGUGCUGCAGGAACGCCGCGAGCGUCUCUCUCACGAAGAGGGAGUGUAUCGUCAGCAGCAACAGCAGCAACAACAACAACAGCAGCAACAGCAGCAGCUUCAGGGGUCUCCUCAGCUGCUGGGUUGCUGCAGCCUCAGCCGGUGGAGGGAAGGCGGCGCAGCUCGACUAUGACUCCGGGUGUACAGGCACCUCAUUUCUCAGCAGCAGCAGCAGCAGCAGCAGCAGAAGCUACAGCAGGACUUCGUUAUCCUUUCUGUGGUUCUGCUGCUGCUGGUGCUGCUGCUGUGGGUGCAGCAAAGGGGCUGCCUUCUGGUGUGCAUUCACCGCGUGCUGCAGGAGUAAGCAGCAAGAGCAGCAGCAGCAGCAGCAGCAGCAAAUGCCGCAGCAGCAGCAGUAGCAGCAACUCUGUGAGGGUAGGAGCCGGAGCAACAGCAGCAGCAGCAACAGCAGCAGCAGCAGCAGGGACUUCAUAUGGUGUCUCCUUUCAAAGCCCUCUGUCUCCGUCUGGGGAGACAGUUAGGAAGCCCCGUCUCCCCCGCCUCAGCGAGGGCCUCUGGCACUGGGCGCUGCAGCCAGAAGACCCCUCUGCUGCUGCUGCUGCUGCUGCUUCUGCUGCACCGCCAGCAGCAGCAGCAGCAACUGCAGCAAAGCUAGGGACAGCCGCAGCAGGGUUUAUGUCAGGGGCCUCCACUGCUGCUUCCGCCUGGACCUCUUCAGGCCUGUCUCCUUUUGACCCUCACACCCUAUCUGGAGACUACCAGCAGCAGCAGCAGCAGCAGCAGCAGCAGGGUUUCAGGCCUCCGGAGGCCCCGCAGCAGCAAAUGCAUCGAAGGGCCUCCGACUCGGGGGCCCUACGCAGAGGGCUGUCUUUCUAUACCCAGUACCGCCCACUGUCUUUUUACUCGGGUCAGCAGCAGCAGCAGCAGCAGCAGCAGCCGCAGAUACCUGCGGCGGAAGCUGCAGCAAAUCUGGGGGUUGCUGCAGACCCAGUUGGCUGGGGCACCUUCCUGCGUCCUGCCCCCAAUCUGUAG